AUGGCAUCCAACAGCGGUCAGUUGCCGCCGCGGUUUCCGUGUUGGUGUCGAGCAGUAUACUCAUGGGGAGGAGAGACAACAAAAGAUCUGGGGUUUGUGGAAGGCGAUCUGAUCGAAUGUCUGAACGCCGGGGAUGGGCAGUGGUGGAUGGGUCGACUACGUCGUGACAGACGAGCUGUUGGACUGUUCCCCUCCAACUUUGUCGAGCUCAUGAGUGAAGAUUUUGUUCCUAUCAGUCGAGAUACCAGUCCCAUGGUGCUCUCCGGAUCUUCUCCCAUCAACAAUCCCACAUCGGCCCCGAAGAAGACGAAAACCGUGUUUCGCAAGCCCUUUCAGGCUCAUAGGGAAGCAUUAUCGCCAGCCUCGAACUUGGCGCGGAGUGGAUCGAACACACCCGUUAAAAGCUCGAUUCCUCAGACACCACCCCGAGAUGGAAGUACCCCUCGGAGUGUCAAACCUUUGCGCACACAUGCAUCCGCCGUCAAGAAUCAAGGUUCAAUGUCCCGGCCGUCCUCUGUAUCUUCACGACCCUCAUCCCGUGGGGUCUCUCCCAUUGUUUCCCCCCGUGCAUCAGUAGAGCCAGAGAGGUCACCUUCCGCUCUGAUAGCCCGUGGAAGUAUAUCAUCAUCACGACCGUCAUCGCGACCUACUUCUCGAGAAGUUUCCCCAAUGAUUUUGCAAGAAGCAGAGCCCGAGCCCGAGCCCGAGCGUGAAGACUCCCCCCCCGCCGCCGCCCCCUCCUCCGCAUCGAAUCGCACUGCAGCGCGGCCCGUCGCAUUCUCCUCAGCCAAAUCACUCUCCUCAGCCAGCUCUAUAUUACCAGCAACCCCAUUCUCCACAGCCAUAUAUGAAUUAUCAACCGCCUCAUUCUCCACAACCACCUGCGCACUAUCAGCCGCCCCGCUCCCCGCAACCGCCUACACAUUAUCAUGCACCCCGAUCUCCACAACCACCUAUGAAUCAAUCACACCGACGAAUGCAUUCCCCACAACCUCCUCCGUCCAGACCUCGGCAGCCCUCUCGCUCGCCCACGCCUUUGAACAUGAACGAUCGAUAUGUGAUAUUUGCACGUACACCCUCCCCCGGGGCACGCUCAACGCACUCGGCCCAUUCUGCCGUUUCGGCGCAAUCAGAUGCAAAUGGAAAUACCCCAUCUCCGUUGAGAGAUGCCAUGGAGGAUGUAAUGACUUCCCUGCAAGAUAUGGGACUGCCUCGCCAAGCUCCUUCGCCUUCCCCCCGCCAGGCGCCCUCGCCAUCACCGCCGCCGACUUUUAA